AGCAUUAUUAGACUUCAAAUUGGAUAGCAUUUCAAUUCAUCACAGUAGUAUAGAGUUGCGUCUAAGUUAAAACUAAAUGGAUCUCAAUGAUCAUCAUCAAAGCUUAGGAGAAGCAAACGAACUAUUUGAAGCUCAAGCUCAUAUAUAUGGGCAUUUUUUUAAGUAUGCUACUUCCAUGUCACUUGGUUGUGCACUUGAACUAGGCAUACCCGAUAUCAUUCAUAAUCACGAGAAACCAAUCACGAUUCAAGAACUAGUUUCAAAGCUCAACCUCCCUAUCACGAAAACCUUUCAUUUGCAACGCCUUAUGCGGUUGCUAGUUCACUCCAACUUCUUCUCCAUCACCAAGUUUCAUGAUCAAGAAGACAAGGUCGAAAAACAAGGAUACGGUCUCACAGUUUCCUCAAAGUUGUUGCUCAAGAACGCAAGUGAAAAUUCUCAAACCCAACCAAACUUAUUACCAUUUGCUAAUCUGAUUCUUGAUCCCGUUAUUGUGACUCCUUGGCAAUUCUUAGGGAGGUGGUUUAGGGGAAGUGAAUCAACUGUUUUUGAGACGGCUCAUGGGACUCCAAUUUGGGAGUUUGCUAACAAGAAUCCUGGUUUCAAUGGGCUUUUCAAUGAUGCAAUGGCAAGUGAUUCUAAAAUGAUGAGCUUGGUGGUUGAAAACUGUAAAGAGAUCUUUCAAGGUGUGGAUUCAUUAGUUGAUGUUGGUGGUGGAACCGGGCUCAAUGCUAAGAUUCUCCUUGAAGCUUUCCCACAUAUGACUUGCACCGUUUUUGAUCUCCCACACGUCGUAGUUGACAUGAACGACACAACGAAUCUUAAAUAUGUUGGAGGUGAUAUGUUUAGCUCCAUCCCAUCUGCCAAUGCUAUUUUCUUCAAGCACGUUUUCCAUAAUUGGAGCGAUGAGAACGUGCUGAAGAUAUUAAAAAGGUGUAGAGAAGCUCUCCAAUUAGAAGGUGAUGAUGAGAGGAACAAAGGAAAACUGGUGAUCAUAGAUAUGGUGGUAGACGAAAACCAUGACAGGCAUGAGAUAACAAAUACCAAGUUGGUUUUCGACAUACUGAUGAUGGUUUUGGUUACAGGAAGAGAAAGAACCGAAGGCGAGUGGGAAAAACUAUUUCUGGAAGCUGGAUUCAAUAGAUAUAGAAUAACUCCAAUCUGUGGCUUGAGGUCUCUAAUGGAGGUUUUCCCUUAAUUAGAUAAGUUGUUUACUAUUGGAAUAAACUAGUGCCUUAAGUCUAUGUUUGCAAAGUGAUCAUGUCUUCUGGAUAUUCAGUGGUACGGUACUGUUUGUAUUUGUUUCGUUUUCUUUCUGAAAAUCUGUAUACCAGUCUUCUCCUUUUAAGAGUUUAAGACUAUCUUUAUCUUUA